AUGAUAAUUAUUUUCCUUGCAAUUAUGUUUUAUUCGGGAUUGCAAUCGACAAUAAUUCGAGCCAAAAUAAAAGGUGGGAUUACUAAAGCGAUGAUAAGAUAUGCCAGCCAUUUGCCAUCCAAAGUGGCAAUCGACAGGUUGCAGACGAGGUUCCACUGCUGCGGGCGCGUUGAUUACCAAGAAUGGUUUUAUAUUCCUUGGUUCAACACUGGUGAGAGCGUACCUAAUGAUGCUGUAUCAAAUAGUAAGUUCGUCGCGGACAACGUUCCUUACAGCUGCUGUUCUAAAGACGCUCUCUCACCUUGUAUACAUCAUGGCGUCACACAAAUCGGUCUUAUUUAUAAAUACGAUCCUACAGCAUCUCAAGUUGCUACAAACGAAAAAAUAGAUGUAUUAGUAGCCAACAUUGAAGUGCUUAACACAAAAUCAGACAACAAAAGUAUUGCAAUAGAUUUAAGCUGCAAUGAAAUAUUUUCUGAAUUACAAGAACGAUAUCUCAGAGAAAAAAAAUUAAUAAUUGUUGGAGUCCCAGAAGCCAAAGGAGAAACCUCCAAACAAAGAUCUGCUUCUGAUAUGGGUGAAGUUUUAAAAAUAAUAAAAAUUACAUUUCCAGAAUGUCCUGAUCCUAUUCAAGUACGACGUAUCGGUAAAUAUAGCCCUAAGAAAAUCCGACCAUUAAAAAAGCAACUCACUAUCUGGUCGGAGGGUUGCGAAGAGAAACUGAUAAACGAGAUGAUGUCGGUGUCCUGGCGGUUUAAUGCAGUAAUGUCCCUGAUGAUAAUAAAGAUGAUUAUUCAAGUGAUAGCUGUACGGUACUUACACACGGCUUAUAAAAAUGGCUUACACUGUGGAAAUCAAAUCACGUGCUAUGCUUACUUAUUACGUUCAGCAACAGACACCAAGUUGCAGCAGACGGGGACUACCAAAAGAAAAUCUUUUAGGAAGAAAAAGAUAAAACAAGCGCGUACCCUGCAAUGGGUUACGGGAAGUUCAAGGACGGGUUUGAGAAAAUGCUCGAGUUCGUCUGCGUCGGAUAUUAAUAGUUCUGAUGAGUUGUUAAAGCCUGUUUUCGAAUAA